CGUGAUGACGUAUCAACAAGGGGCACGGAGACGUAGCGCGCGCUAGCAGACGCGGCAGUAUUAAACGGCUGCAGGCGCGGCUAGCUGUUAGAGGCGUCUCAGGCGUUCGUAAUCGUGUUUUGCCUCUCGCUCUCAUCCUCUGAAGCCUAAGCCGGUUACACAUUCCUCACUCCUUCUACCUGUAGCCGUGUCAUUGCGACUCCGCCACCAUGUUCGAGGCGCGCCUGGUCCAGGGCUCCAUCUUGAAGAAAGUGCUGGAGGCGCUUAAGGAUCUCAUCAAUGAGGCCUGCUGGGACAUCAGCUCAAGUGGCGUGAACCUACAGAGCAUGGACUCGUCUCAUGUCUCCUUGGUGCAGCUAACCCUUCGCUCCGAGGGCUUCGACACUUACCGCUGCGACCGUAACUUGGCCAUGGGCGUGAACCUCACCAGCAUGUCCAAAAUACUAAAAUGUGCUGGCAAUGAAGACAUCAUUACCUUAAGGGCUGAAGAUAAUGCGGACACCUUGGCACUAGUAUUUGAAGCUCCAAAUCAGGAAAAGGUUUCAGACUAUGAAAUGAAGUUAAUGGAUUUAGAUGUUGAACAGCUUGGAAUUCCAGAACAAGAGUAUAGCUGUGUAGUAAAGAUGCCUUCUGGUGAAUUUGCACGUAUAUGCCGAGAUCUCAGUCAUAUUGGAGAUGCUGUUGUAAUUUCCUGUGCUAAAGAUGGAGUGAAAUUUUCUGCAAGUGGAGAACUUGGAAAUGGAAAUAUUAAAUUGUCACAGACGAGUAAUGUUGAUAAAGAGGAGGAAGCUGUUACCAUAGAGAUGAAUGAACCAGUUCAGCUAACUUUUGCACUGAGGUACCUGAACUUCUUUACAAAAGCCACUCCACUGUCUCCUACAGUAACACUCAGUAUGUCUGCAGAUGUACCCCUUGUUGUAGAGUAUAAAAUUGCUGAUAUGGGACAUUUAAAGUACUAUUUGGCUCCCAAGAUCGAGGAUGAAGAAGGAUCUUAGACAUUCUUAAGAUUCAAAGAAAUAAAACUAAGCUCUUUGAGAACUGCUUCUGAGAUGCCAGCACACACUUAAGUCUUUGUCUUUGUACCUCUGAGUACAUAUGUAGAUACUGUUUUCUGUAAAUAACUAUUUUUUCUCCAUUCUUUACAACUUGUUUAAAGAAAAGUGCAAAUUCAAAUCUGGUCUUGUUAACUGAGUAAUACUUCUGCCUUACCUAGGAAUAAUCCUUAUAGUUUUUAUAAACAAAAGAGUUUUGACUCUAAAUGUGUUUUAAGUAUCAUUUUCAAUUUAAAUAAAAGUCAUUUGAAUUUAAGCAUCAUAGGACAGUGCCUUCAUUUGGACUACAAUGAUUGCAACCAGCUCUUUCAUGUAACUGCUCUAUUUUUUCAGUCUAAAGUAUUCCAAAUACAGUGAGUAUUUUGGGGUGAUUCAUUUGCCAAACUUUGGUAUUCUGACUUGAGCUCAAGAAAUGAAAAGAGUAGAACACAUAUAAUAUUUUGUAUUAGCAGAAACUAACACUUUACAGAAGCUUAAUGUUUGCAAAGUUCAGUGGCCUUUAUAAGGUCACAGGAUUGUUGUAGGGCAGUGUUUUUUUAGCCUAGGGAGCCUUGUACAGGAGUCUUGAAAAUGUUAGUAGGUCUGUGAUAGGUCCCAAGAAGUAUGUGCAAAAAUAGUUUUUCUAGUGUAAGUACUUUUGGGAGGGGCAGGGGGGACUUAUUCCCUUAAAGGAUGAAAAUGGUUUCCAUGGGUGUCAGGAGUCAACCAAGAAAGUGAAAAAGGCUCAGCAAUAAUUGUGCUGCAAAGUCACAUAUUAAAUUCUAGUUAUCCGAUGGUAGAACUCACUGUAUCCAGUAGAUAAAUUACCUUCCGGGUGUGUUGGGGAAGGAGACUUGACAGCAGAGGGGCCUGCUGGAAGAUUUUGGAGUGAAAAAAAUGUUUUAUCUACAGUGGUGAUGUCUCCACUGCAUUUGUCAAAAAAACUAACCCAACUGUACUUCAGUAUAUGUAAAUUAUACUUUAAUAAAGCUUGACAUUUUAAAGAG